AUGGCGCCGACCGUGUACUGGACGCCACCGAUGCGGACGGAUGUGGCGAGCGAGCCGGAGCGAGCGGGUGAGCCACACGUGGUGCCUACACCAGCGUCUGUACCGGAUGUGACGCCGUCGAUUUGUCUCUCGCUCGUGGAAUUCAAGGAUAUGCUGCGCCAGUUCCGCGCCGUCGACGACGGUGUGACGCUCCGGCUGAACCGUGCGUUUGCACAGUCGCGUGAUACCGGGUCGUCAGCCCCUCCUUCGCUUUUACAGCGUCAUGACAAGUCGUUUUCGUCGUCGAGCGCGACGGAUUUGGGCCGCACGACGUACGCGUCCGUCCCGGACACGAUGUGCGCGGCGAUUUGGACGGAGCUCGUGCAGCUAUGGACGCGGCGUGAAGACACGAUCAAGUACUGUAUCGACGUGAAUGCGAAGCACAUGCCACGUCCACUGUCCCGAGAUGACCGCCUCGAUCUGGAUCGGGCGCCGGCCGCUGCCUCGGUGCCCGCGACGGCAGUGAGCCGUGGCGAGUCGGACGCGGAAUUCACGAUGCGGCAGCUGCGCAACGAGCUGGCGAUCGAGGCUAUCGUGCGCCGCCGGUCCCUCGACGUGUUCAAAUCACGCUGUCGACUCUUUUCGCCGGCCCACACGGAGCGGGAGCAGGCAUAUUGGCGGGGUUACUAA